AUGAGGGUCGCUUGCCUUCAGUUUUGCCCCAAGUUGUGCGAGGUUAAGGAAAACAUCCGUCUAGCUGACUCCCUCCUCGCCGGGGUACUUAGAAGCCAACUGGACUUGUUGGUUCUUCCAGAGCUAGCUUUGACGGAUCAUAGUCUAGAAAUACAGGGCGCGGGACCAUCUAGUCAGUGGGCACAGGCGACCGCACAGCGUUUGAACUGCAUCGUCAGUAUUGGCUAUCCAGAGAAAGCAAUCACACCCUCUCCCACGACGGUUAGCCGAACUCCAACAGGUUCUGAUAGACGGUACAACUACAACUCAACCAUCGUAUACGGGCCAUCCGGUGAUUGCCUCGCGCACUACCGCAAGCACUUCCUCCUGCCGGCCGACACAAAAUGGGCCUCGGAGCCCGUCAAUCAUUUCGGAGAGCUGGAGAAGUUCUCGACGCAUUAUAUACGUGAGCCUCUGGAUACCCAAGUAGCACUAGGGAUCUGUAUGGACCUGAAUCCUUACCAGGGCACCGCGCCUUGGACGGAUUUCGAGUUCGCCAAUCACGUAGUAUAUUCGGGUGCGAAGCUGGUCAUAUUGAGCAUGGCUUGGUACUCAGACCUGCCUAAGGAAGACUAUGAGGAAGGGAAUGUACAUGAGCCUGAUCUGAAAGUAUUUGCAUACUGGGUCGAACGUCUUCGGCCUCUGUUGGAUGCUAAUCAGGAAGUGGUGAUAGUGCUAGCGAACAGAUGCGGGAGUGAGGCAGACAUACGGUAUGUGGGGACAAGUACGGUGCUGAAAAUUGGAAAAGGAUCGGUCCGGGCGUGGAAUCUGCUGGGUAGAGGCGAGCAGAAAUGCUUGGUUGUGGAUACAGGUACAGAUCCAGAGUAUAUUUGGGAUUGGAGGAGAAAGCUCUUUUCAGAUUGUCCGGAAACUGGGGCCGAGAGUGGAGUGGAGCGAGAAGGCAUGGAAGCUGUUUUUGUAGAACAAGUGGCGUAA